CAGAAAACAUGCUUACACAACACUGCUAAGGGAAAGGCUUGGUUCAUAGCACCUUGCAAUCAUUUCCUGGCUAUAAGGGACGCAAAAGUAGACAACCUAAAUCACAUUUGGUGUCGCAGAUCUGCACAACUUCACAACUUCACAACCAGAAAUUCUGAGCUGAAAUGGAGGGUGACUAUUUAGAUUAUAGCCCUUUUGACUUUUCGAAUGAAUCUUACUCUUGUGAGGACCCUGAAAACUGCACCGAUAUAGAGUUCCCCAAUGAAAUACUAAUGUCUGAGAUAGGUCUCAGGCACUGGAUCGCUCUGGUCUGCUACAGCAUUGUGUUCCUGUUGGGCGUUCCUGGGAACGGUCUGGUAGUGUGGGUGACCGCGUUCCGAAUGCCGAACUCCGUGAAUGCGCAGUGGUUUCUAAAUCUGGCCAUCGCGGAUCUGCUGUGCUGCUUGUCGUUGCCCUUUCUCAUGGUGUCGCUCGCCCAGGACAAACACUGGCCUUUUGGUGAUUUGGCUUGCAAAUUACUCAGUGGUCUGUUCUACAUGAUGAUGUACUGCAGCGUUCUGCUCCUGGUUGUGAUCAGCUUGGACCGUUUCCUACUGGUGACCAAACCCGUGUGGUGCCAGAACCACAGGCAUCCGAGGCAGGCCCGCUGCGUCUGUUUCUUCGUCUGGAUUCUCGCUCUCCUUGGAGGUUCUCCUCAAUUUGCUCACAUGGAAACACGUAGGGACGAGACUAAAACAUUGUGCAAUAGCGCCUACAAUAGUUUUGGUCACGCAUGGGCUGUAACCCUUACCCGCAGUUUUUUGUCUUUUCUGCUGCCUUUCCUGAUCAUCUGCGGCAGCCAUUGGAUGGUUUACCGCACAAUGAGCUCCGGGCGAGGACAAAGACGAAGCGACAAGUCGGCCCGGACGCUGCGUGUCAUCCUGGCAUUGGUGCUUAGCUUCUUCCUAUGCUGGUCUCCACUACAGAUCGUGGAUCUUCUGGAGUUGAUUUUAUACGAGCAGUCAGAAAGUCUUCGAGCCAACGUGCGUCUGGCCCAUGUGCUGACCCUCUGUUUGGCUUACAUUAACAGCUGCCUGAACCCGCUGCUCUAUGUGUGCCUUGGCCGGGGUUUCAAGAAAAAUCUGGUUAGCUCUCUGCGAAGUGUGCUCCACUUUGCAUCCGAGGCACCGACCAAUCGAACCAGCAUGACUGCAAACAGUAAGUCAACCACAGACGGCAUGUUCAGAGAGAAGCCCGUAUGAGAUCUAUGCCUGGACAAGUGGAUCCGAAUCCCAGUCUUCAAACACCGCCCUCCGAAUAAUUUCUAGAUUUAAAUUAAUUACAUUUGUGUCAUUAGUAGACAUACUACACAACAAAGAUGUACAAAAUUAGUGACAAAAAUUGGUCUAUUAUGUUAAAAAUAAUACUUAUAAAAUUUAUCGCGCAAUUACUGCAAACACCAAUUCAUAACCAUUUAAAUGUUUACAUGCACCAAUUUUCAAUAGGAAUGAAUCCAAAUAGAUUUCAGAUUCUGAAAGUUCUGUUUAUAUAAACCCUAAACGAAGAGGUCUGGUUCUCAUAUUCAUCUGGUUCACAUGUGCAUUACAUGUAUUAUGAAAAAAACCUCAAUAAACCCGAGAAAACCACCGCGAUUAUGUCACUGUAGCUACCAUAAGCAUAAUUGACGUUUUUGCUUGAUGCCAUAUCUAAAAAAAAAAACCUGACAUAUAUGUCAGAAGAGAUAUAUUUAGUAAAUAAGUACUGACCAGUGACUGAGACAUAAAUAAACAUAGUUUAAGAUGUAAAAUAGCAUAAAAAAUAUUAUUAUUUGGGUGAAUUAUUAUUUUGGGUGAUUCCUAAUAUUCAUUUAUUUCAAUGUUUUCUUUAUUUUAUAUCAGGUGCAGUAAAGUGAAUUCUAAGUCGAUCGGAUUGAGCACUAAAACACAUUAUUAGCCAAUCAGCAGUAAGGGGCGUGGCCACUUAUGAGGGGGGAGGUGCCUGUGUUGCAUAGAAUGUUCAUGAAUUUGGGGGUGGAGCUAUCAAGAUAGGGGUGUGAUCCUUUUAGGUAGGGGCAUGUUUGUUUCGGUGAUUUCAAAUAUCAACAGCGUUUCUCAGAAAUCGCUUACUGCACCUUUAAGGCCUGGGUGGCAUUCUGUCUAGUGAUUAAAGUCGCAAUGAAACAGAAGUCGCGAUCGUCUUUUCUUUCCUUAUUUUGAGAUAUAUUCGAGUUAAACGGCUUCUUGAAGGGGUGGGGUUUUGCUAUUGGUCGAUCUCAUGUGAGUGACAGGUUGCCCCACCCUUGCACUAGUAAACACAUCAUCGACACGUGAAGAGAUGCCGCUGCAAGAGGGAGGGGAAGUUAUUAUGAUUCAGUGGCACAUGAAUAAAUAUAUAUAUAUAUAUAUAUAUAUAUAUAUAUAUAGUUUAUAUAUAAUAAUAAUAAUAAUAAUAAAAAUGUAUUAUAUAUAUAUAUAUAUAUAUAUAUAUAUAUAUAUAUAAAAAAUACAUUUUUAUUAUUAUUAUUAAUUUAUUAGUUAGUAAUUAUUCUGUAAUAUUCCAUAAAAACAAGAAGUUUUAAUGUCAUGGUGACUAAUUUUAGAUUUUAAAAUGUCCUUGCAUUCAUUAGUAUCAAAACUAUAUUUAUCAUGUAACAUAUAAAUAGCCUUUUCACUAACACAACUGAAAUGCUGUGCUCUUUGUUUUAGAUACAAAUGAACUAUUGAAAUAAUUUGUAAAAGCAGACAAAAACACAUUUACGUUUUGUCUGCUUUUACAAAGUUGUUGGUGAAUGUACCACACCGAAAUAAAUGUUAAAACAUAUCAAAGGUACACCCAUAACAUUUACACUCUGUAUGUAUUUUAUAUAUUUUCAUGAGAAGCUGAGCUUGCCAGGCGUGUUUUGUCCUUUGAGGUGGUAAAAUGCCUGCUGCUCAUGAGCUUGACUAACCAGUAGAGGUCAGUAAAGAGAGACUUUGUAAAACUGUCAUACUAUUGGGUAGUGCUGUGAUUCCCAACCAUCAUAUUACAAACAUUAGAGUUUUGUGGCUUUUGGUCUCUAUAUGUUAGCUUUGAGGUCACAUGUUAGUGUACUACUAAAAGUUCACUAUUGGACAUUUUUUGUCUUCUAGAAAACAUGAAACAAAAUAAAGUGAUGUGUCAUUGCAUUGCACAGAUUUGCGUCCAAUCAAAUGCUUAGAAUAUGAAUGUCCUUCCCACUCACAUCACCUGCAGCUGAGUAAAGAAAAAAAAAAAAGUGUCUGCCCAAACUUUCAAUAGGACAAAAAUUACAACAGGAAAUAAAUUGCAAAUUCAUGCUCAACAAGGUAGUUUUUACUAAGCUUUGUUAUGGUCUCUCAUAAUGGAUAUCAUAAAGCAUUAUACUGGAUAUUAUUAUCCCUCAUAUUGUCCAGUAAAAUGGAAGUUACAACCACAUAAUUUGAAAUAUUUAGUGACCAUUUGUGUGGGUACUUAUGGAAAAAAAAAGACUGGUAAAUGAUUUGAUAAAAGUGAUUCUGAAAGCCUUUGUUAAAACUACGGUUUAGCAAUGUUUCUAACUGCACAACAAGUCAGCUAAAUACACCAGCACUCCAUGGCAACUGAGAACAAUACAGAAAGUUGAGCAAUUAACAGAAUUCAUACGCCUUAUAACCUCUCCUGCUCUUCUGUUUGUUGUGUAUUAUAUGAGGUGUAUUACAAUUUUGUUUGAGUUUGUGGCUGUAGCAUAUGUAUUUCACUGAUUAUCAGAAGUCAUUUGUACAUAUAAUCUGCUUUUUUCAUCUUGUUUAACCAUUUCUGUAUAAAUAUUGAAAAUAUGAAAUAAAGAUAAAGUUUUAAACACCCA